GAUAUGAGAACUUCUUCAGACUAAAAUACAACCUUUGAAUCAAUUGAAAUAGCUAUUCUGUUAAAUUUCAUAAUGAAAUCUUCAAAGCUUCAGGAUUCGUUUUCAAAAUCAGACACAUGGCCAGAAGCAUUUGGAUUUACAAUAUAUGGAAAAGGCCCAACACAUAUUAUAAAGGUUGUACCUGGAAGCGUUGCUGCUCAAUCAGGGUUAAAAGCAGGAGAUCAGAUCUUACAGGUUAAUUCGCACGACGUUAGCGGAUGGGGAGACGAUGACAUCAUUUCUCACGUAUCAAAACUUUCACAGCAUCCACCAAGUCUUGGGGUAGUUUCUAGAAUCCGAGAAGUUUCCUUGCAACCGUCUCCAAUCUCGAACGAAUUUGGAUUCAGCCUAAUAGGAACAUUUCCGGUGAAAAUACAUCAAAUUAAGUCAGAGAGUCCGUCGGACGAAGCAAAUCUUAUUAGAAACGAUCUCGUUAUAAAGAUCGAUGGAGAUCUCAUUACUUCUCUGUUUCAAGCGCGCCGUCUCGCGGACAAUGCUGUUCGGAAUGGCGGAAUCAAGCUCAGCAUCAUUCCCGCUCCUUCCGCUGCGCCGUCACGUGCAAUUUCUCAAACUGAAAUGCCUGCAACUAAUCGAGUAAAGGAAUUUGUAAAACGGUUUGAAGCACCUCGUACUGGACAAGUGAAGGCACAAACAUUUAUUGAAAAGAUCAAGGAAUAUUUUCAUGAACGUCCAGCUGUGAUUGAAGGUAUUGUUCGCUCAAUAAAGCAAUAUUCAGAAGACCGGAAUCUUGAACCAUUUGUGUUUACACUUACAGCCAUUUUGGAUCCACCCGAAGAAAAGAAGGUUUUGGAGGAACUGAGAAUUUUCAUACCCCGUCAACACAAGUCCGUCUAUGACACAUUAGUGAAGAAAGCUUUAAACCAGAAGAAUUCUAAGCUCAAACUUUCCCGUUUAAAGAAUUUCAGUCGCGAUUCUCCACUGCCACCUAUCGGAAAACGGCAUGCAGUUGUUCAACACGAUGCUGGUCAAAAUGAUUUUGUGGCAACAGUGAGACAAGUUCAAGUUGUUCGUCGACACAUGAGUUUUGGAAUAACUUUGAGAGGAGAAAAUCCGGUGCAAGUUCAAGAUGUCGACAAAGGUGAAUUUUGAAAUUUUCUAGUUAAAACAAAUUCAAACAUUUAAUUACGACGAUUCGUUUUAAAUCUUCCGAGUGUUGGUGACUAUUGAACCCAAGUCAUUUUUCUACAAAAGUGUAUAU